CAGCGGCCGCCUGAUCCCGCGUCGCGCCUCCGCCGGUCAGCUCCGAGACGGCGCCGUUCACCAUCCCCCGGAUCGCCCGCAUCGCCGCCAUCUUGUCCCGUCUCAGCAUAUAAAACAGUAUCUGGAGUCAAUGGACCGCUCGUAAUCUUGGAUCAAGUGAAGUUUCCCAGGUAUGCAGAGAUUGUGCAUUUGACACUCCCUGAUGGAACGAAGAGAAGUGGGCAAGUCCUAGAAGUCAGUGGAUCCAAAGCUGUAGUUCAGGUGUUUGAAGGAACUUCGGGAAUCGAUGCUAAGAGAACAUCUUGUGAAUUCACUGGGGAUAUCCUUCGAACCCCGGUGUCAGAAGAUAUGCUUGGACGUGUGUUUAAUGGCUCAGGAAAACCUAUAGACAGAGGUCCUGUAGUCUUGGCCGAAGACUAUCUUGAUAUCAUGGGUCAGCCUAUCAAUCCUCAGUGUCGAAUCUAUCCGGAAGAAAUGAUUCAGACUGGCAUUUCUGCUAUAGAUGGUAUGAACAGUAUUGCCAGAGGCCAGAAAAUCCCCAUUUUCUCUGCUGCCGGAUUGCCCCAUAAUGAGAUAGCGGCUCAGAUUUGUCGUCAGGCAGGCUUGGUGAAGAAAUCCAAAGAUGUGGUCGACUACAGUGCUGACAACUUUGCCAUUGUAUUUGCAGCGAUGGGAGUGAACAUGGAAACAGCCCGGUUUUUCAAAUCCGACUUUGAAGAAAACGGAUCCAUGGACAACGUGUGUCUGUUCUUGAAUUUGGCUAACGAUCCAACCAUUGAACGGAUAAUCACUCCUCGUCUUGCCCUGACUGCUGCAGAGUUUUUGGCUUACCAGUGUGAGAAACAUGUGUUGGUCAUUCUGACAGAUAUGAGUUCCUACGCAGAAGCUCUGAGAGAGGUCUCAGCUGCCAGAGAAGAAGUCCCAGGUCGGCGUGGUUUUCCUGGCUACAUGUACACAGAUUUGGCCACAAUCUAUGAACGAGCUGGACGAGUAGAAGGCAGGAACGGGUCCAUUACCCAGAUCCCCAUUCUUACCAUGCCCAACGAUGAUAUAACACAUCCUAUUCCUGAUUUAACGGGAUAUAUUACCGAAGGCCAAAUCUACGUAGACAGGCAGCUGCACAACCGACAGAUUUACCCACCCAUCAAUGUACUUCCUUCUUUGUCUCGAUUGAUGAAAUCUGCUAUUGGGGAGGGAAUGACUAGAAAGGAUCAUGCUGAAGUAUCAAACCAGCUGUAUGCCUGCUAUGCCAUUGGGAAGGAUGUCCAAGCCAUGAAGGCAGUAGUAGGAGAAGAAGCACUUACUUCUGAUGAUCUUCUCUACCUUGAAUUUCUGCAGAAGUUUGAGAGGAACUUCAUCGCUCAGGGGCCCUAUGAAAACCGUACUGUUUAUGAAACGCUGGACAUUGGCUGGCAGCUGCUACGUAUUUUCCCCAAGGAGAUGCUGAAGAGGAUUCCUCAGAGUACUUUGGCAGAGUUCUAUCCCCGAGACUCCACUGCAAAACAUUAGCUUGCACCUUUUGCUUCCCCCACCCCCCAAAAAAUACUGGAUUUUCCCCCCUUCCCUUGUGUUGGUGUUUAUUUGUCAGCCCUGUAAUUAAACCAAGAAUAAGUGACAUAUUUGUGCCAGUGUUGCUGAUGUUUUAAGCUGAUAACAGAGUUUAAAAACACUGGUAUCUUGCGUGGUUUACAUAUACUGGGAGGAAAUCCUGUAUUUCUAGAAUUUUCUUUGCUUUCCUGCAAGGUUUUCUUCUUCUUCUUCUUCUCCUUUAUGUGGUCAUGAAGGAAGAAAGUACACAGAGCUGGCUGCUGUGCCAUUUUCGGAACUGUUGGAGCAUAAGAAAAAUCAUUUAAUCGUGGAGGGGAAAAAGCUAGACCUAUCAAAAAUUGAGAAAAGUUGUAUUCCUUGGUCAGGCCAUCCUUGCCCACUUGGGAGUUUUGGUAUUUGGGGGUUACUCCACUCUUAAGCCAUCCCGCAGACAAGUGGGCACGAAAAAGCCCCCCCCCCCCUACCAGGUUACAAUGGCUACUUUGCAAUAGCAUUUCAAUCCCUCAAAGCACCAUUUGCUUCAGCUACUGUAUGGCUAGGAAAUCACCCGACGGUGAUUUCGCAAUAUUUGCACAUCCUGUUGCUUGCCCCGAAAAAGUACAUGAUUCCUACCUCUUCUUUGAAAACUUGGCAUCGGGACCACACUCCAGGUGGCCAGUCCCAUUGCCCGGUCGCAAUCUGCACAUUUACGCAGUUGCGGACGUAAAUAUGAAACAGCAGCAAAACGAGAGUUUCCUUCCCCCCCCCUUUUUUUUUUCUUCCUAUGCUUCAUUGCAAAGUAAUCAAGGCAGAGGACAAUGUUGGUGAGGGUAAGAAUGGCUGCAGCUAACGAGUAUAUUGUUUGGUACAGCAUCAGUCUUCAAAAUAUGAGGGGGUCCUUGGUGCUCUCUGACCUGGGUUGUUUUCUUUCAGCUGUUUCAUUACCCAAACUAAGUAACAUCAUUCGUGCUAGUAAGGAAUGCGGUUUGCUGUCGGUUUAUAUUCUCGUGGUUGGUUCACCGACAAAUGCGCGCUCGACAAAAGUGUGCCGACGAAACCACGGCGAGAAAACCGUGAGGUCAAAA